AUUCUGCUAUAUUUUACGCGUAACGUUACAGAAGUAAAAGGUCGGUUUGUGAGUUCGACUGUUCAAAAUAACAAAGGUAACGUUAGUUUUGCAGAACAUUCCUGCAAGAAUAAAAUAGUUCAUGAGGUGACAGUUGUUACAAGGAGAACUUGUGAAGAAUUACCAUCGAUAGAUCGGUUGAUGUUGACAGCAGCACGGGUGCUCUUCUUUUGCCAUUUACUUCUCCCCCCUACUGAACUGAGAUACGAACUAUCUGCCUGGUGCAACUCUUUCUGAAGUGAACUUUAAGGGCCGAAUUUUUACUUCUUGACCUUCCCAGGGAAAGCUCUCAAAGUUUAGUCUUUGAAGAUAAUCGAAGAUGUUGUCUAAAAUGCAAAGUUCUAAUAAUAUAGCCCAGGCCAGAAGGACCGUUCAACAGCUACGGAUAGAAGCUAAUGUAGAGAGAAUAAAGGUUUCUAAAGCUUCUGCAGACCUCAUGCAUUACUGCAGUGAACAUGCCAAGUAUGAUCCUCUACUUAUGGGUAUCCCAGCUUCAGAAAACCCUUUCAAAGAUAAAAAGCCCUGCACUAUAUUGUGAGAGCUUUUACUCUUGAUGCGUCUUUUUAAUGUUGCCUUUUAUUGUUUUGUUUUUUUUAAUAGAAAGAAUGCUAUCUUCAAACGUUCAUUACAAUCACUGUUCGCCUUAAAAAGACCUAAACCUCAAGCCAUUUUUCAAUUGUAUCCACAAAAGUAGUGACUUGAAAUGUUCCUGCUGUUUGAAAAGGAGAGCCAAAGCACGUAGUAAACAAAACCAUUUGUUGUGCAGAAACAAAACCAGCCCUAUGAAUGAAUCUGUAGCUUUAGGGCAGAGCACAGAUGAGUUGUUUGCUUUGUGAUUGUGUCCACUGAUGUGGUUGUGUCUUCUGCAAAUAAAGGGUGAGGUCAGAGUGGGCGUUUUUACCACGAAGCACAGGAAAUGAUAUUUUUUUAAUGACUGCUCUCUGUAAUGUAUAUCUGCAGAUAAGCAGAGCCUCAUCAGCAGAGCUUUGACCGUGUCUGAUGUGUUUAAAGGCUGGCAGUCACAGCGAGGCAUUGUUGGGUGCUGAUGAACAGGGUGAAAUGUCGCCAUCAUGAAUGUGUGUAGGGUGCUUGUGCUCAGUGGAGGAGGAAACAGGUGUUUUCAGAGGCGUCACAUUGACGCAAUGCUGCUCUGGCCCUCCCUCAUUAACUCACUGUGGAUGAACAAUAGAGUGAUAUAAAGCUAACCCCUUCUGUCAAAUCACUACGCACAAGAUCAUGACCAUGUUUUUCUCUCACAGUAAACCAGCUGAACUGUGUCAAAAGUUCAAUUGCUGCCAAAACAGUUUUGAAUAAAUUUUGAAUUUUUAGAUAAGUUUUAUUUUUAAUUUCUUUUUUUAAAGGGCUAGUUCAUUUACUUACCCUCAGUAGAUUCAAUUUGUAGGUGACUCUUUUCUUCAGUAGAACAUUAAAUAUGUUUUGUUAUGUUCUGUUUUACUUUUAAACUGUUGUCUUUGGUGAUUGAUAAAAUGCAAAUCAUCUACUGGUAUUUUAACACAUAUCAGCAAUACCCAUGAAUCCUGAUGGUACAUUUAGGUCUCAUGUUUUAUGAGAAAUUGAACUAUAUUUAAACAUUAUUUCCUGUAUCGGAAUCCAUAGCCUCUGCAAAUGGUCUUGAGUGUUUUCACGAGUUGGAGUGAACUUUAAUUAACUAUUUUUUUGAGGCUGUGCAGGUAAUAGUGUUUUAAACAACACAAUCUCACGACAGUUCGUAACUUUUUGACUUACUGGCUAAUUCGUAUGAAUACGUACAAUAUAAUUCGUACAAUUUAGUACGAUUUGCUCAUCCGCCGAUGACGGUUGAGUUUAGGAGUGGGGUUAGGUGCCACGCCUCCUUUAUAAAGUCAUACAAUUUCGUACGACUGAACUCGUACGAAUUAGCCACUAUUAGCAGAAUACUUACGUUUUCUUGUGAGAUCAGGCUGGUUUUAAAUGUUUAUUUUCUUGGACAAACCAAUUAUUUAGCUUAAGAGGUCAAUGUAUGUAUGUAAAUAUGUAUAUCAGAAUUAUUAGCCCACCUUUGAAUUAUUUUUCUGUUUUUUUUAUAUUUGCCAAAUGAUGUUUAACAGAGCAAGGAAAUCUUUACAGUAUGUCUGAUCAUAUUUUUUCUUUUGGAGAAAGUCUUAUUUGUUUGAUUUCGGCUAGAAUAAAAGCAGUUUUUAAUUUUUUAUGAACCAUUUUAAGGUCAAAAUUAUUAGCCCCUUUAAGCUAAUCGACUGUCUACAGAACAAACCAUCGCUAUACAAUAACUUGCCUAAUUACCCUAGUUAAGCCUUUAAAUGUCACAUUAAACUGUAUAGAAGUGUCUUGGAAAAUAUCUAGUAAAAUAUCAUUUACUGUCAUCAUGGCAAAGAUAAAAGAAAUGAGUUAUUAGAAAUUAGUUAUUAAACUAUUAUGUUUAGAAAUGUGUUGAAAAAAAAUCUUCUCUCCGUUAAGCAGAAA